CUCUAGGCUUCUUUCGAAUCACGUCUUUGAAAAUCAAAUUGUCUCUCAACCUUGUUUUGACUUUUGCAUAUCGUUGCUCCACUCCGCCCUAUACCCGACAAUCCAUAUGGAUCAAUACACCAUUACAAGAGCAGGUCUCCGAGAGUAUGCCAGUCUAAGGGGCAAGUACUACUACUGGCGCAGGAUUGGAACACAUGAAUGGCAGUCAUACACAGACCCUCAGCCAAGUACUCAGGAUACGCCAGAGGCUGCAGUUCCCCCGGAGCCAUUAUACCUUUCACUCGUUCGCCAACGGCAACCAGAACCCCAAGGCCACCAUUGGCUAUUGUUCAUUUCAAGGGAAGGCCAUGCCGGCACAGUCUACCAAGUCAAGGGCGACCAUACAUUCAUGGUGUACAAGCAUAAAGAGAAUAUUGAUAUCGUCAACUCCGCGAGUUUCCAGGAUAUAUUCCACCUCGCUCAGCUCGACCAAAGCCGCACUCAGCGAGUCCAACACUGGGUCAACCAAGAACCACCUCCAAGGGCCGCAUCUCAGGCAGAAGUUACUGAGACUUGUCAGUCAUGGACACUAAGGGUUAUUUGUCGUCUCAUUGACGAAGAAAUUGUGCAAGGCGAGUGGCAUGAGCGAUUGCGGCAAAUGAUCGACUCACCUAUCUUGCUUGGACGACGUUAAGAUAACUGAAUACGUUGCGCGUUGGGGCUAUACUCGGUAUUAGAAGGAAUUAAAGUUGUACAAUCCAUUCCUAUGUGCGCUUCCACCCCGUAGCUGUGCUCAAGACGGUGC